AUUUCUUAUUUGUGAGGGGAAAAUACUAUUGUGAUUUUUAUAGUUAUGUUGGGUUUUGUACAAACUUUCCCAAUAAGAGUUACCCGAUGCAAACGAGACAUAAGUUUUUGUUCCAAUACAGUAAAGCAUAGGGAGUGGAAACCUCGUCAAUCACGUUUUUGUCAACAGCCCAUUCAAAGGGUAGACCUGUUGACGAUGUCCAGCUCAGACUCUUCUGAUGGUUGGAAGCAGCAGAUACAAGAAAGCAUUAAGAAAGCGGAAGAAGCCACGAAAAAAUUUGGAAGAGACUCUAAAGAAGCAGCGGCUGCCUGGGAUGCGGUAGAAGAGUUGGACGCAGAAGCUUCUCACCAGAGAGUGAGGCAGAAGACGGACCCUUUGGAAACGUUUUGUGAUGAGUCCCCAGAAGCAGAAGAGUGCAGAGUAUAUGACAAUUGAGGAGAUAUUGACGUGGAACUUUAUACGACUCUUUUGUCGUUCUUAUAGAAGUGGACUUUUGUGUUCAGUGCUAUAGGGUUUUUAUGAGGGAAAAUAAAUAAAGGGAACUUUUAUCGUUUGUGUAGUUUGCUGAAAUGAUCGUCUUUAUACAAAUGGAAGACAACAAUAUUAAAGGAUUUCAUUUCGUA